AGUGCUUCCGGAGGCAAGAUGGCGGCGCUGGCCCGAGUCCUUAAGAGUCGCCCUUUGGCCACCUUGCAGGUGGCCACCUGCGGCAGGCACCUGGCCCUGAGGACGCCCCUCUCCCCGGCGGGACUAUGGAGUAGACCCCUCUGGCUGCCACCUCAGCUCCUCGCCACCCAGGACUCGGUGCGGCCCUCGGAGGAGAAGGUGGGCCCGCUGACCAAGAUCAUCGAAGCCAUGGGCUUCACGGGCCCCCUCAAGUACAGCCGAUGGAAGAUUAAGAUCGCCGCCCUGCGCAUGUACACGAGCUGCGUUGAGAGAACGGACUUCGAGGAAUUCUUCCUGCGGUGUCAGAUGCCGGACACGUUCAACUCCUGGUUCCUGAUCACCCUGCUGCACGUCUGGAUGUGCCUGGUCCGGAUGAAGCAGGAAGGCCGGGCCGGGAAGUAUAUGUGCCGUACCAUCGUCCACUUCAUGUGGGAGGACGUGGAGCAGCGCGGCCGAGUCAUGGGGGUCAACUCGUACCUCCUGAAGAAGAGCAUGCUGGUCAUGACGGACAGCUUCUACGCGUCCGUCCUGGGCUACGACGAGGGCAUCCUGUCGGACGACCACGGGCUGGCCGCGGCCCUCUGGAGGGCCUUCUUCAACCAGAAGUGCGAGGACCCCCGGCAACUGGAGCUACUGGUGGAGUACGUGCGCAAACAGGUCCAGUAUUUGGACUCCAUGAGCGGGGAGGACCUGCUGCUGACCGGAGAGGUCAUCUGGAGACCCCUGAUGGAGAAGGAUCCGCGGAGCGUCCUCAAGCCCACCGCCCCGCCGGCCUACAACGACGAGGGGCUGUGAGGAGGAGCCGCCGGCGGACCGCCUUCCGGAGCCCCCCGCCCCGGCGGGUCCCCUGCUCCGUCCUGGGAAACCGCAGCAACCCCGGAGACUCCGGCCCGAUCGGAGAGGGCCGUGGGGGUUCGCCCUUGACUCUCCCGCGAGGCGGGAUGGGGGUGUCGUCCCCCACGGCCGGGACAUUAAAGGAUCACUGUUGAUCGGACGCAGCCUCUGGGCCUCCGCCACUCCAGCGCGGCCACGGCACGCCGACCCCCGCGCCGAGAGGGGACUCUCCCUCCGUCCAUCCCUCCCUUCCCCUCUCCCUCCCGCCCUCCACGUCCGACCGGAAGCGGGUGGACUGGGUUUCGAGAGCCCGGGCCGGCCCGGGUGAGGGCACGUGGGCCCUCCUCUCCGCCGCCGGCGGAGGAGCGGAGCCCCCCGGGCCGGUUCUCUCCUCCCUGCUCCCUGGGCCACGUCCCACCUGCCUAAACCUGGGGCUCCCCGGUGCCCCGCGCCCCACAGACACACUCAGCUGCACCAGGGGAUCCCCCCCGGGCAGAGGCGGGGGCACCAGGAAGAGGCGGUGAUACCGCAGGGGCAGAGACGGGCACCGUAGGGCCCCUCUGGGAGGAGGCAGGGACAGAGGUGGGCACCGCAGUCUCUCUGGGGAGAGACGGCGGCACUUGGGGGUCUCUCUGGAGCAGAGACGGGGCUCCACGGGGUUUCUCCGGAGCAGAGACCCUCUGGGAAGACGAGAGCACCGCCAGGUCAGAGACAGGGCGCCGCAGGGCCCCUUUGGCCAGAUUUGGGAAUCAUCGUGGGGUCCCUCCGGGCAGAGGUGGGAAUGCCGCAGGGCCCCUUUGGCCAGAUUUGGGAAUCAUCGUGGGGUCCCUCUGGGCAGAGAGGGGAAUGCAGCAGGGCCCCUUUGGGCAGAUUUGGGAAUCAUCGUGGGGUCCCUCUGGGCGGAGAUGGGAAUGCCGCAGGGCCCCUUUGGCCAGAUUUGGGAAUCAUCGUGGGGUCCCUCUGGGCAGAGAGGGGAAUGCCGCAGGGCCCCUUUGGCCAGAUUUGGGAAUCAUCGUGGGGUCCCUCUGGGCAGAGAGGGGAAUGCCGCAGGGCCCUUCUGGCCAGAUUUGGGAAUCAUCAUGGGGUCCCUCUGGGCAGAGAGGGGGAUGCCGCAGGGCCCCUUUGGCCAGAUUUGGGAAUCAUUGUGGGGUCCCGCUGGGCAGAGGUGGGAAUGCCGCAGGGCCCCUUUGGCCAGAUUUUGGAAUCAUCGUGGGGUCCCUCCGGGCAGAGAUGGGAAUGCCGCAGGGCCCCUCUAGUCGGAGACGGAGCAUCGCGGGGUCGCUCCGGCCAGAGAUGUGGGCACCGCGGGUUCCUCUGGGCAGAGAUGGUGGGGGCCACCCCGGCGCGUCUUCACAGCCCCCGUCCCCCCCGCGACUCCGUGCCCGGGUCGGAGCCAGUCACGCCUAGAAACCCCGUCCGUCCGUCCGUCCGUCGGGCCGCCGUCCUGUGCAAACAUUACAAACCAAACAGCUUCGCUCUCCGUUUACUCAAGAUGGUUUUGUGGCAGGGCCGGGCCGGCCGAGCGGAGGGGCGCGGGGCCGAGGGGCCGAGG